AUGGGACCACGAGCGACGGGGCUGUCGGCCAAAAGCUCUGUCCUGCCGCUGCGAUCGAUUCCCCCGGCCCUCCGACCGUUGGUUCGGGCGUACCUGCUGGGCUAUGCAUCUGCAGUAUUGCCAAGACUCCUGACCCUGCUUCUGCAGCAUCUUUCCUACAGAAAACGCGCGACGCCCAAGUACGCGCUGCCGGAAAGGGAUCAAGCCUCGUUUGUGGAUUCGGCCAAGCAUAUACUCAGGACAGGCUUGGAUCCAUGCCGCUUCCCAACGUUUUGCGCCGCCCUCGUUGGCGGUUCGACUCUUUUACAGGCUCCCUUGAGCGCAAUACUAGCUCGCUCCAGUGCAAAUCUUGGCGACGCAGCCCGAAUCAGACUUGCGCGAUGGCUGUCUACAUUCAUUGCUGCAUGGCUUAGCCUUACGCUAUUGCAAGCUAAGAACACUUGGCGCAGACGUCACACCGGCCCUGCUGGUCGAUACGUCGAUCCGCAAACCGGUGUGAAGCUUGCCGGCAGAACCGUUGACUUGACGCUUUUUGCCGUCACGCAAGCUGUAGAUGUCAUUGUGGGCGAGUUGUGGGCGCGACACAAGACGAGACGCCAAGCGGCUCGCAAAUGGACCAAGGUCGAGGCCCUGGUUUCACGAAUGACAGACUCGGUGUCGUUUGUAGCGUCCUGUGCCCUCAUCAUGUGGUCAUGGUUCUAUGCCCCAGACAAUCUUCCUCGCGCCUACAACAAGUGGAUCACUUCGGCAGCUCAGGUGGACAUUCGGCUCAUCGAGGCUCUUCGCCGCUGCCGGACGAGGGAGCUCAGCUAUGCCAGGGACAACGGCCAAGCCCCUCUGCUUGGCUCCAUGUGCAGAGACUACCACCUCCCCUACGAAUGGGGCGAUCCGUGCAAGGCCAUCCCCUUCCCCUGCGACCUUGUCCACAUGGGCCGCGGCCCGUCGUGCGAGUAUCACGCCUGGCGGCGGUUUUGGCUUUCCUGGAAGUGGUCCAUGUACACGUACCUGCCGCUGGCGCUUGCGCUUCAGCUUCGCAGGCCCAGGCGCAGCAGCGUCAGGGCUGCCGUCGCUUCCGCCACGCGAUCGUCGGCGUUCCUGGGGACUUUUGUAGCCCUGUUCUACUACGGCGUUUGUCUCGGCCGAACGCGAAUCGGUCCUCGCGUUUGGGGGAGAGACGCGGAGUGCCGGCAACGCAUAGACGGCGGGUACUGCGUCGCCGUGGGGUGCUUCCUGUGCGGCUGGAGCGUCUUGAUAGAGACGGCAGGUCGGAGGAGGGACAUGGCGCUGUUUGUGGCUCCUCGGGCCAUGGCCACGCUGCUGCCGAGACAGUACAGGAUGGAGGUGCGGUGGAGGGAGAGGCUGGCGUUUGCGGCAAGCACCGCCGUGGUGUUUACGUGCGCAAUGGAGAAGCCGGGCAGGGUGCGAGGCAUGCUGGGCGGCAUCCUGGGAUGGACGAUGAAGGAGUAA